AUGAGCAAACCGAUUGGGGAAUAUCCUGUCCAUGGCUUAAUGCCAAAGCAAGACACUCAAGCAGCAGGCUUCAUUAAGAAAUAUCCAGAGUCUGAUGGCCGUGGUUCGGUCGUUGCCAUUCUUGACACAGGUGUUGAUCCUGGAGCUGCUGGUAUGCAGGUUACAACCGAUGGUCAGCCAAAGAUAAUCGACAUUGUGGAUUGUACUGGUGGAGGUGAUGUUACAACAACCAAGAUUGUGAAGCCUGUGGAGGAGCAACGCGACAACGAGAAGGUUUCGGUGAUUCCAGGCCAAAGUGGACGUUCGUUGAUCAUUGAUCCAUCAUGGAAAAAUCCUUCAGGGGAAUAUCGUGUGGGUGUGAAACGAGCUUAUGAGCUUUUCCCUACCGAGUUGGUUGCACGAUUGAAGAAGGAGCGUCGUGAGCAAUUCGAGUUGAAACAUGGAAGAUUGUUAAGCGAUGCACAGACCCAACUUGCCGAAUUCCGCAAAGCCAAUCCAAACACCACCAAAGAUGAGCAAUUGAACGAGAAGAAAUCGGAUCUCGAAGCUCGCGUCGAGGCACUCAAGGAAAUCUUGAAUUCGUAUGAGGAUCCAGGCAUGAUUUACGAUUGUGUUGUCUUCCAUGAUGGUGAUAAUUGGAGAGCCGUCAUUGAUGUCAAUGAAUCAGGCGAUUUGAGAGGUGCUCCUUGUAUGACUGAUUACCGAAAGGAGUUGCAAUACCACACCUUUGGAAAGGCUGAUUUGCUUAAUUUCUCAGUGAAUAUCUACGACAAUGGUGAUCUCUUAAGUAUUGUGACCUUGUCUGGAAGCCAUGGUACACACGUUGCCGGUAUUGUCGCAGCCAACUUUCCCGAUGAGCCCGAGCUGAAUGGUGUUGCCCCUGGUGCUCAAUUGGUGUCGCUUCGUAUUGGUGAUUCUCGUUUGGGUUCUAUGGAAACCUGUCUUGGUUUGACACGAGCUGCAACACAUCUUGCUAUCAACAAAGUGGACCUCGCCAAUAUGUCAUAUGGAGAAUCAAGCAGCCUACCCUCCGAUGGUCACUUUAUCCGUUUGCUUGCUGAAGAAGUGAUUUCAAAGUCUGGAUGUCUCUUUGUUACCAGUGCAGGCAAUGAUGGACCUUGCUACAGCUCUAUUGGUGCACCUGCCGGCAUGUCUUCAAGUUUCGUCACUGUGGGAGCUUAUGUCAAACAUGCUCAAAUGGAAGCCGAAUACGCUUUACUCGAGCCUGUUGGCGAAAAGCCAUACACUUGGUCUUCUCGUGGUCCUUGCACUGAUGGUUAUCAAGGCGUUGAUAUUUAUGCACCAGGAAGUGCCAUCACAAGCGUUCCUGUAUACGGUCUUCACAAGCUGGAUUUGAAGAAUGGCACCAGUAUGUCAAGCCCCAAUGCUUGUGGAUGUAUCGCUUUACUUGUUUCCGCUCUAAAGAGAGAGCAGGCUUCCUACACGCCCUAUCGUCUAAAGACCGCCGUUGUUCAGAGUGCAAAAUCAGUGGACGAUCCCUUGAAUGUUGGAUUCAUUCAAGUCGACAAGGCAUGGGAAUACCUGAAAGAAUACAAGGAUAGGAAGGAUCUUGAUAUCAUGUUUGAGGUUACUGUCAUGAAGCGUGGUAGCCAACGUGGUAUCUACUUGCGUGAGCAUGAAGAAACAAACCAGACCCAGUACCUCACUACACGCGUGCGUCCCAAAUUUAUGGGUGAAAUCGAUCCCGAGAAUCCAAAGAACAACAUGUCCAAGUUUGAAUUUGAGGCUCGAGUGGCAUUGGUUACGACUGCAUCAUGGGUUUCUGCACCUGACUUUGUUUACAUUGCAUCCACCGGUAAUGCAUUCCAGGUCAAGGUGGACCCUAGUAGUCUAGGCGAUGGUCAAUUCCAUUACAGUGAAGUGCUUGGCUAUGAUACAUCGGCACCCGAACGUGGACCUCUCUUCAAGAUCCCCGUUUCGGUGGCCAAGCCCACUGUUCCAGCAAAUGGCUCCAUUGGCUUUCCCAAUAUUGAGUUUGGACCAGGCGACAUUAUCCGCCGUUUCCUUCAUGUGCCAGAAGGCGCGACCUAUGCAAAGCUUACCUUGCGAUCCAAGUCACAAGUUGAGACUUGCCCUGCACGCUUCAUGCUCCAUCUUCUCCAGCUUGUGCCACAAAAGAAUCAAAAGAAAAAGCAAACAUACACCUUCCUUUUGGGCUCUGGAUCAUUUGGUAACACCAACUCUGAGGAUCAAGUUAUUACGGUGCGAUUUGCAGUGCGAGGUGGUUUGAACCUUGAGGUUUGCUUAGCACAAUUCUGGUCAGGCUUGGGAAGACAUUUUGUGGAUCUUGAGGUGGACUUCCAUGGUGUUCAACUCGCUGGUAACCAAGCAAGCGGUGAUAGCAUACUUCGCCUUGAGCCCCAAGUGACACGUUUGGAUGUGAUGGCCCCUGUGAGAAAGGAGACCAAGGUGGAUAUUAGCGCGAGCUUCUCGACCUUGCGCAAGUAUCUUCGAGCUUCAGAAGCUGAAAUCGCUCCACUCAAGCCUGAGCGUAACACCCUUCCCAACUCCCGAAUCAUGUAUGGUCUUGUGCUCACAUACAAUGUCAAGAUUGAAAAUUCGACAACCAUUACGCCACGUUUCCCAACUGUGAUGAAUCAGCUUUAUGAACACUUUUUGGGUGGUGUUUUUGGUAUCAUUUACGAUGCCAAUCGUAAAAUCGUUGGCUAUUUCGAUGUAUUUGACCACAAGUUCAAGCUCGAUGUCAAGGGCGACUACACCAUCAUGUUGCAAUUGGUUGGAGAAGAUGAGAAGGUCCUUGAAAAGCUAAAGACGACUAUUUGUGAAUUGGAUAUGAGCGUCAAGAGCAUCAACUUUACUGCGUAUGCAACCAUGGCUGGUGUCUUUAAGGGUGAAAAGUCCUCCAUCAACAAGACUGGUUUGGAGAAGCGUGAACCCCAAGUCUGUUACUUGGCUCCUCCCAUGGAUGAUCAGCAAUGGCUCCCCAAAGAAGCCAAGGCAGGAGAUGCGCUUGUUGGCAAACUUGGAUUCACCAAAGAAAAGGUAGAUGGUGGCCAAUACGAAGUGCUUUACACCAUUCCUCCAGAAGCCAAACAAGCCAACAACAACAACAAUGGCAGCAAAGAUACCAAACCAGGUCAAGAGAAGCUUGAAGAGCAACUUGCUGAUGCCCUUCGUGAUAUUCGCAUUUCGUAUGUCGACAAGUUUGAAGGUGAUGCUCAAAAAUCGCUCUUGUCCAAGCUCGAAUCCGAUUACGCCAAUGAUAUUGUGUUCCUCCAAUCCAAGAUCGAUCGAGUAUGGAAACAAGCGGGUGGUAGUACAGAAUGCUUGGGUGCAGCAGCUUCAACAGCAGAACAACAAGAUAAAUUGAGCAAGGAGCAUGCUGAUGAGAUUGUUCAGAUUGCCGACAAGAUCGCUGGUCAAAUCGAUAAGGCGCAAUUGAUCGAGUUUUAUGGCCGUUACCCACAAGAGGAUCAACAGCAAUCCGAUGAUGUUGCCGAACAACGCAAAGAAAACGACAAAAAGAAGCAAAAGCUGGUCAAUGCUCUAAAGAACAAAACAUGGGCCCUUGCAUGUGUGUCCACCGACAAACAAGCAGCAGAUGGAUUUGAAGCAAGCUUCAAGGAACUUAAACAAUGGGCUCCCCAAGAGAAUGAUAUUGGCAUGACAUUGGCAAAGGUCAAACGUGAACGCAUUGCAGGACGUCUUGGAACAGCUUUGAAGGUUCUCAACAAGUUCAUCUCGGAUGUCAAUGUGAAAUCGGAUACCGUCAAUGAUUUGCAACAAGCAUGGAAAGUGCGUCAAAGCCUCUACACUGCUCUCGGCUGGUCCAUUUGUUUGUCUUAUGAUCAAAGUUGGGCUGUCAUUCGUUCGCCACCAGGAGGUUAUGCUCCAUUCUAG